AUGAGCGAUCAUGGUCAUCCCACUCGCAGGGCGGACCACCAGCCAGACGACAAUCACCCGGAACACGAGCUGACAGUAUUCAGCUCAUCAGAGAGCGUCAAAACGCCCGUGUACGCCGAAACCAUAUCGCUUCUCGACACUAAGUCCACCAACACCCAGGGGCGAGAAGAAGAUGCGGAUGCACCACCGACCAAGAGUAAAACGAACACGAAGCGCCUCUCGGGAUGGAAGGUCGGCGCGGUCACGGGCGCCGGCCUAGCGACCAUCGCCCUUGCGCUCAAUGUCGCCGCUCUCGUCUGGCUGCAGCAGCACCCGGCCGAAAGCACCGGCCUCGUGGAGGUCUACAGGGGCAGCUGCCAAAAGGUCGAGGAUAUGCAGAUGUGGAUGCAUUUUGCCAUCAACGCCUUGAGUGCGGUACUCCUUGCGUCCUCGAAUUACUGCAUGCAGGUGCUGUCAGCACCCACGCGUGCCGAGAUAGACAAGUCGCAUGAAUCGGGCAAGUAUCUCGACAUCGGUGUUCAAAGCAUUCGCAACCUGUCAAAGAUAGCGCCUUGGAGGGUCUUUAUCUGGGUCGUGAUAGGCUUGAGUUCUGCGCCGCUCCACUUGAUGUACAAUUCAGCCUUCUACUCAUCGAUAGCGGCCAACAGCUACGAAGUGUUCUUCAUGACGGGCGAUUACGCGAGCUACAGAGCCGACCAGGGCAUGCCGCCCGACGGAUCAGCCGGUCGUUACGAUAUGAGCGCAUCUGCAGCGCGUCUUGAGGAACUCGUCGGCAUGACGCCGGGUGCGGGAACACUCGAGCUUCUUGAUCCGGGAGCGUGUCUCAAUGCUUAUGCGAGACCUCUGGUCACAGAUCGGUCCAACCUGAUUGUUGUCACGAAAGGCGAGAGCGAAGGACUCAAUGGGACGGCCUUGAUCCGGGAGAAGCUGUACAACUUCCCGAGCUCGAUCGCAAAUGGCCGCACGCAAUACGAUCCUUAUGGAUGGGUUUGUCAUCGCUCUGACAAGAUGAUGAACCGUUUUGGUGGCAGAGAUGCCACAGAGCUACGCCCAUGUGACGCGUGGGUCGACAAGAUCAAGAACGACAUCGGUGCUUGGACUCCGCUAGACUACUCGGUGGAUUUCUGCCUUAGCGAGUCAAUCGAAGAGCGCUGCAGCUUCAACGGAAACAUGCAGAUCCUGGCCGUGGUCAUCACUUCCAACGCGCUCAAGAUCGUCUGCAUGCUGAUCGUCGCGUUUGGCCUUGGGACCAAUCAGCUCAUCACGGUUGGCGAUGCUAUUGCUUGCUUUCUAAAGAAGCCUGAUCCCUCCACGCAAGGCUACUGUCUCAUGAGCAAGCGGGAUGUGAUCGAUUUUUAUAGGCUCAGCGAGGCCACAAACGACUCUCAGGACCUGUUGAAUACGCAUUUGCACACGAGCAAGGCUGCAACGGGAGAAAACCAUCGCUGGUCCAAGGCAGCCAGUCGCGCCCGAUGGUCGUGGACCAUGGGAAGCAUCCUUCUCGCAUUGCUGGUCGUGGGCGCGUUCUUCGCCAUUGGCGCUGCCGUAUUUUUCCAAUUUGGUGUUCCCUUCUCGGAAUUGGGCUUCGGAAAACUUCACCCGGCCGCGAUCAUAACGGGCAUGAACAGUGGAUACCAGGGCUCCUAUAGCACGGAGGUGUUGAACUCCGUCUUGAUGGCCAACGCUCCACAGCUGAUUCUGUCGUUCCUCUAUCUGCAUCUAAACUCGCUGGUGACCUGCAUGUGGCUGGCCAGCGAGUGGAACGACUUUGCCUCCGAGCGCAAAACCCUCAGAGUGAGUAUACCCGAAGGGGAUCAGAGAAGCACGUACAGACUACAGUUGCCCUACCGGGUGGCAAUACCCUUGAUGAUCGGCUCUGGUCUGUUACAUUGGCUGAUCUCGCAAUCGCUGUUCUUGGCCGUGGUGGCUGAAUACGAUUGGGACGGAUCGCUCCAGGACCCGAUUGCGAUUGCGACCUGUGGCUACUCGCUCACUCCAAUGAUUGUCCUCCUUUCUCUGGGAAUUGCAAUAUGUGCCGGAACAAUCUGGCUGGGCAGAGGGAGGUAUCUCGGUGGUCCAGGGUUUAUGCCUUUGGCAGGAAGUUGUUCGCUGGCGAUCGCGGCCGCCUGCCAUGCGCCUGAAGAGGAGAAGGACGCGCCUUUGAAAGCCGUCAUGUGGGGUGCGGUACCUGAACCCAAGAUCGAGUUUCAGAAUAAGAUAGACGGGAGUGUUGUUGGUCAUUGCUCCUUCUCGAGCAACGAAGUUGAGCAGGUGGUGGAGGGGAAGAUGUACGCCUAG